GCCUGGAUAGGGGGUGCGUCAGGGAGACACAGGGGAAGAGGAAGUGUCUUGGGCCCUGGGGAAGACUGCCUUGUCUCAGUAGGUGGGGGCGGUCAUUUGUCAGCUUUCUGGACACACAGACAGAGACAGACAGGAUGGAUUUCCUCCGACUACAUCUCCCUGGGCUGCAUCAGGCCUUGCGGGGAGCGCUGGAUUCCCUCAGCUCCUUUGUCUCCUACCUCAUGGGAGAUGAAGUCCCUACUGCAGACAGGAAGGAGGAGAGGGCGGCCGAGGAACUGGGAGAGGUGGCUGCGGGAAGGCAAGGGAGACCUGAACAGAAGGAAGCCCAGGAGGCCCUGGAGGGCCUUGGAGGCAGCCAGAGCCAGGAGGAUGGAGAGCUGAGAGGGCCCAGAGAAGCUGGAAGACGCCAGGAGGGAAGUUCAGCUACAGAACAGACCUGGGCUUGGGAAGAAGGCAGCUCCCACGGGUCUCAGGCAGAGAGGCAAGACACCGGGGUCCAGGAGGCAGCCAAGGUUGCCAGGUGCCAGGAGCCAAGGGCCCACUUAGAGGCCAGAAAGGAGUCCGAGGCAGGGUCUGAGGCUGGUGGAGACAACAGCAGCCAAGCCCAGGAGAGUCAAGGGCCCAGUGAGCAGGAAGUGAAGAGAGAGGAGACACUAAGAACCCGGGAACAGGAGGAGGAGGCGGAAGAGGUCAGGGAAAGAAAACCAGAGGUGGCCAGGAAGGCGGAGUCAGAGUGGACCUGGCACAGGGAGCCUGAGGGGGUGGAAGGUGCCGAUGGGCAGAAGGUAGCAGGGGACAGCAGGAAGUCUCUAGAACCGGCCAAGGAGGCAACUGCAGAGGAGAUCCGGGGGUCUGCAGCCAAGCAGGCCAGGCAGGAAGAAGAGCUGAUGGUGGUCCUAAGGGGUAGUGAAGGCACAAGGGCACAGGAAGCACAGGAGUCGGGGACAGAAUGUGAGGCCAGGACAGCCUCGGUCAGGGAGGUGGACGGGACAGCCUCAGCUGGAAAGGAGGGUGACCUCUCCGGAGCCAGGAUGACAGAAUAUGGGGAAGUCUCAGGAGAAGAGCCCUCAGAGGGCACCGGGAAGACCUGGGCCUUCGGGGAAGCCUCCAGGGGAGGGCAGGAGGAGGAGGCCGAUGAGAACAGAGAGGCUGAGAUGAGCUUUUCCCCCAAACAGACCCGGGUCCUGGGGACUGAGAGCGCGGAAGGACCAGCUAAGGAGCAGAGAGCAGGGGCGGGGGCUGCAGAAGGCCAGGGCUCAGAGGGGGAGGUAAGGGAAGGCUUUGAGGUCCCGGAAGCUCAGGGGGCGAAAGACGCUGAGGGGAAGCAAACCUCCGUGAUCAGGACUGUUCCAGCCCGUCUGGAGGAGGCGGCGGCGGCGGAAAAGGCCAAAGAGGAGGAAAAGGGUUGCCGGGCCUCAGAGGCUGCGUUGCCCAAGGACAACCUGGCAAAUGAGCCUGAAGAGGAUGCUGACCUUGAAGUGGCCCCAGGGGCCAGCAGUCCUGAGAAGGAGUCCAGCGGGGAGAGGAGUGAUGGGGAGGCUCAGACAGGCGGAGAAGCACAGGCGUGUAGUGGGGCGGGGCGGGGCGACCUUGAGCAUGAAGUCACGGAAGGCCGGGCACCUGAGCUGGUGGCAGGCCCCCAGACCCUGGCGGAGCAGCCCGAGGAAGAGCUCUGGGAAACUUCAGCCCUGAGCGAAGAGGAGACGGCAGGGAGCCCGGAGGAAUUCCCCAGGACCAUGGGAGGCCUGGGUGGGGCAGAGGCCUCGGAGAGGCAGAGAAGGGAUGCAGAAAGAGGGGACACCCAGGAGGGAAACGCAGAUGCAGAAGAGGGGGAGGUUGCAGGAGGCUGGGCACCGGAGGAGCCCGGGGUUGGCCGAGAGUCUACGUUCCCAGAUGUCCCGGAGGCAGGCGGGGAGGGGAAGAAAGCCCAAGAAAUAGGAGCAGAGGAGGGAGAGACCCUCGGAGCAGAGAGCCAGGGGCUGGGUGGAAGACACGGCGUAGACGCAGGGACAGGCCAGUCCCUGGGAGAGUCCGAUGCCGGAGAAACCAAGGAUGAGGAGGCGGAGGCCGCGGUGCCCUGGGCGGCAGACCCAACACCCGGUGGACACGGGAGGCUGGAGGAGGCCACGCUGAGCCUCCAGGACAGCGAGGACCCAGGGGCCAGUUCUUUGGCGGCCGAGAUAGCAAGGGAUGAUGUAGCUCUGGACGGAGGGGCCGCGGGGGCGGAGGGAGGGCCGGCAAGAGAGGCUGGGGAAGCUUGGGGCUCCGAAGGGAGACAGGAGGUUCGGGGAAGCGUCGAGCUGAUGGAGGUUACACGGGGAGGAAACCGAGGCCGGCUGGGAUUUGGCCCAGAGGGCUCAGCGGACGAGGAGGUGGCUGGCAGAGGGGCCCAGGCAGAGGCUUCGGAGGCCAGAGAGGGCGAGCCCAGGGGAGAGCGGGUGGAAGCCAGGGGGCCUGCAGUGGAGGAAGGAAGCUGUGGGACAGACGGCUUUACCUCGGGCUCCCAGGUGCUGAGGGCAGAGGGCACCGUGACCACAAGGGAAGCCGAGGGGCUCCCGGGGGGACAGACGCUGUCGAAAGAAGAGGCUGUGGGAUGGCCAGUGACGGAGCAGGGGCAAGGCAGUGAGGGGGGGUGUGGGGAGCAGCGACCCGAGGAAGAGGCAGACAGACCCCUUGAUGUGGAGGAUGCUGAGGAGACUGAAGGCCGGAGAGCAGAGGCCGAGGAGAUUGUUCCAGAAGGCCUGGAGGACGUCCCGGGCCCGGAGGACCAGUCAACAAGCCAGGAGCCUGCAGAGGCCGAGCGUGGGCCCCACAGGGAGACGGGGGCGACGGCAGGAAGCGCCGGAGGGGGUGCUCGCGGCCUCUGGAGUGAGGCCCUGCUCCCUGGGGCUCUCCUGGACGUCUCCGUCCCCCGGAGCCGGGUCCUCCUGUCUCGCAACUCCUCGCUGCGCCGCUCCCGGCCCUCUUCCCGACGGACCCGCGGGCCUGAGCGGCAAGAGGUGCCCCCCAGCCCCCCACCAGAGGAAGAGCUGUCAGCCCCGGAGCAGAGACUUCUCCAAGCAGAGGAGCCCCCAGAACCCAGCCCCCCAAAGCCUGAAGGGACCCCGCUGCCAGCCAGGAGAAGGCCCCUGGGACAUGGGUUUGGCCUUGCACACACGGGUAUGAUGCAGGAAUUGCAAGCCCGCCUGGGCCAGCCAAAGCCGCAGUGAGGGGCCCCUGAGCCCCCCGGGAGCCUGGCCCCGCGUCGCCUCUCCAUCUGCCACUCUGGACACGCUGUUUCUGCCUCUGGGCCUCAGCUUUUCGGUGUGUUAUUCAUGGAGCAGACAGAACCAGACGCCUGUGAGAACCAUGAACUUGAGGAGCGUGACUCGGUGAUGCAGCCCACCAGGACCGCCUCUCACGGCAGGUGCUCAGCACCUCUCCCGUCUGUCUUGGCCGUCUGGAGGACAGAGCGGACGCGACAACUCUCCCUGCAGCCUUGCCUCCCUGAUUGCUCCCCAGUCCCCACCGGGGGCCUUCGGGGGAGCUGUGGAACAGUCACGCCAACCUUGGGGGUGGGAACUGGCCCAGAAGAAGGAGGCCAGUGGCGCCUCUGAGCUCCAUUUGCGAUGGGAAACAGAGGGCACCAGAGACCUUGAGCUUUCCAAAAUCUCGCAACUCUGCUAGUCACCAUGGAAACCACCAGCCCAGCAAGCCAGAAUAGAGGAAGGAGCCCCCAGAAUUUAGGAGCAGAAAGAGGCCCAGGGUGGCCAGAGGCUACUGACUCCUGUCCGUCGGGGGUCAGGUACCCCUUCUUUGAAAAGAAGAAGCCAAGGGAGGAUGAGCGUGCUUUAUUAGGCACCCCGCGUGGUGGCCUGACCCAAGGACAGCAAGCAGGCUCUGAAACAAUAAAUAAACCAUCAUUUCCCUAAACAAUAAAUAAAUAUCCAACAAAUAAA